AUGUCUCCUGUUUGUCUAGAUACAAGUAUAAACUUUGAGAGACAAUAUCUUAUGCUUAUCCCAAUGUAAGAGCAUGCAUGCAGAAUGAUAAUACAAAGCACAUUGUAGUAUCAGUAUCUUGUGCUGCCCCAAUUGGAAGAAGGCUUUCAGAUGUUAUGAUAAUUUGAUUAAGCUUUAAAGAGAGCAAACUUCAUAAUGCAGGAAGCAUUUUACAAAAAAAAAAGAAGCUUGUUGCAAGAAAAAGAAAGGUGUGACAGUGUCAGUGCUGUCAUAAUUAGAGGUUGGAAAUUACAAGCGGACAGUAAAACGGAUUGAUGACGGUCACAGACUUUGCAAUGAUCUUAUGAAUUGUAUUCAUGAGCGAGCACGAAUAGAGAAGGUCUAUGCACAACAGCUUACGGAAUGGGCAAAAAGGUGGAAACAGCUUGUGGAAAAAGGCCCACAGUAUGGAACAGUAGAAAGGGCUUGGUGUGCUUUUAUGUCAGAAGCUGAAAAAGUGAGUGAACUACAUCUAGAAGUAAAAGGUUCACUGAUGAAUGAAGACUUUGAAAAAAUCAAGAACUGGCAGAAGGAAGCCUUUCAUAAGCAAAUGAUGGGAGGAUUUAAGGAAACCAAAGAAGCAGAAGAUGGAUUUAGGAAAGCUCAGAAACCUUGGGCAAAAAAGCUGAAAGAGGUGGAAGCAGCAAAGAAAGCGUACCAUGCGGCCUGCAAAGAGGAGAAACUGGCUAUAUCCAGGGAAACAAACAGCAAAGCUGAUCCAGCACUAAAUCCUGAACAACUUAAAAAAUUACAAGACAAAGUGGAGAGAAGCAAACAAGAUGUACUAAAGACAAAAGAGAAGUAUGAAAAAUCACUGAAAGAAUUAGAUAAUGCUACUCCUCAGUAUAUGGAAAACAUGGAGCAGGUAUUUGAACAGUGUCAGCAGUUUGAGGAAAAACGUUUACGUUUCUUUCGGGAAGUGUUACUGGAAGUGCAAAAACAUCUUGAUUUGUCUAAUGUUGCAAGUUACAAAAACAUCUACCGUGAACUGGAACAGAAUAUCAAAACAGCAGAUGCUGUUGAAGACUUGCGGUGGUUUAGAGCUAAUCAAGGUCCAGGGAUGUCAAUGAACUGGCCUCAGUUUGAGGAGUGGUCAGCAGAUCUGAAUCGCACUCUCAGUAGAAGAGAAAAAAAGAAGGCUUCUGAUGGGGUGACUCUAACUGGUAUUAAUCAGACAGGAGAUCAAGUUUCGCAGCCUAACAAACAUAGCAGCAGUCUUAGUGUCCAGAGUAACACAGUGCAGUCAGUACAAUCAAGUUACAAUCCCUUUGAAGAUGAAGAAGAUACUGGGAGUACUGUCAGUGAAAAGGAGGACAGUAAGAUCAAAAAUGUUAGCAGCUAUGAGAAAAACCAAGGCUACCCUACGGAUUGGUCUGAUGAGGAGUCCAACAAUCCCUUCUCUUCCACUGAUGCAAAUGGAGACACUAAUCCAUUUGAUGAAGAUACCUCUCCUGCAAUGGAAGUGAGAGUACGUGCACUCUAUGACUAUGAGGGCCAAGAGCAAGAUGAGCUCAGCUUCAAAGCUGGGGAUGAGUUAACUAAAAUGGAGAAUGAAGAUGAGCAGGGUUGGUGCAAAGGACGCCUGGACAAUGGACAAGUUGGCUUAUACCCAGCAAACUAUGUGGAACCAAUCCAGUGACAAAGGACAACGCUAAUACAGAAGUGUUACAGAAGCUCAUAGGCUUGUAUAGUAUAUAUUUAAAGUAAGAGGAAGCUGAAUGAUGUAUAGAGUGUAUAUAUUUUAAUGGAAAGGCGAGAGCUUGAUGUCGAAAUCAUGAUGAUUUAAAGACAAAAGCUUGAACUAAUAAUUUGAUACUGGUUUCACAGCUUGUGCACAAUGCAAAGGAGAGGGGUUAGCUUGAAAAAAUACUAUGAUAGGAAAAAUAUUUUUAAGCUUUUUCUCCCCAUGUGGUCUGUUAUUGUGAAUCCUAAACAUUUUUGCAUUUCUAUGCUUGUGCCUCAUCCUACCCUAGGUAUGUGGCUUACGCUCACUUUUGUUUAAUCAGUUAUUUUAAGUGACCUUCAGUAACUCGCAACUUGAAUUUUAAAGAUUAUUAUAAUUAAUUUUCUAUUUGUUCUUAGCGAUGUCUGAAAGAUGCAGUAUUUUUUUAUUUAAAUGCUGUGUAGUUAAGCACCUUUUUUGUAUGCUUGGAUUUAUCAAUCAAUACUUAAAUUAUGACAUAGAUUUAGUCACCAAUUGACUGAAUGAAAACUCCUUCCAUGUUAUAGUAAUCUUUCUAUGUUGUCAGCAUGGCUUGAAGUUGUAAAACAAAUACUGUAAUAAAUAUCUGUUACAGAAGGCUAUUUGUAGCAGAGCUAUCUGCAGGUGUCAUGGGUUGGGAUUCUAUUAUGAAUGUUGUUUACGUGGUUUGACAUUUAAACUAAGAGUUUUCCAUCUAGAACUUAAAUGGCACUCAAAAGAAAGAUAAAUUAUAUGUAAGCCCCAGAAUAGUAGCUAUUUCCUGCACAUGUUUGCAGGGAAUAAAGAUGAUCUCCUUUAAACUGCUAAUGAUUUUUGGGUGAUUUGAAAUGUUAAAUCUGUGAAGGCUAAUUUUUUUGAACAGAGAAGACUGUAAAAUAUAUGAAAUGCUUUUUAUUAAGAGCCUAUCUAUGUUGUGUAUAUGUACAUAUAAUUUGAUAUUCCAAAAUAUAAAGAGCAUGGCUAUUAGUUAUCAAGCCUUUUUUUGUCAAUAAGAUUUAGACUGUUUUAAGAGUUUAAAUUAUAGGUAUAUUUAAAUCUGCUUUCCUGCCAUAUUCAUUACUGUACCAUAGACAAAGUAUUCUGUGAUUAGAUUUUCAGAAGUACAGUAAAUACACUAACAUACUCAAAAUCUGUAUUUGUGGAUAAAUCUAUGGGUCAAAAUAUAAACUAGCUUUAGUCCUUACAUGGAUUAUUGUAGCAGAACACUGUAAAAUCUACAUUUGUUUGCCAUUACAGCUCGGCCAUCUGUAAUUGUGUCAAAUAGUAUGCAUUUGUUACAUUUAAAGUGGGUUGUAAAAUUAUAGCAGAUUUGUGUUUAAAAAAAAACAAACCCAAACAAAAACCCAAGUAUCAGGUAAGUAGAUAUGCUAUGUUAGGAAGCUACACUGUUUUGAAGCUAACAAAUCUGUUUUGAGGUAACUAUAAAACACUGUUGGUAGUCUUGGAUUUUAUUGUUUGCUUUUGAGCUUAUAGAUAUAUUUAGUCGUCAUUUUCAAUGAACCAAAAUGUGCAAGCUUAGAAAGUGGAUGUAUGUAUAUGUCUGUCAAGGAAAACUUACCAACAUGAUUGUUCAUCCACAAGACGGUUACUAAAAUUGUCAGGAAUUACUGGUUUGGGUCUCUGUAUUGUAAAAUAUUUUAGAAAACAAUAAAAUCUGUUAUCUCUUAAA